AUGGCGGCGGAGCAAGAAAUAAAUAUUAAGUUUGUACAAGAAGUUGAAAAACAUGCUUGUUUAUAUAACUACAAAUUACCAGAAUACAUGCGGAAAAAUACAAUAGAUAGGACUUGGGCAGAAAUUGGGAAUAAAUUUCAAAUAACAGGAUCAGAAGCUAAAGAAAAGUGGAAAAAUCUACGUAGUGUUUUUGUUCGCCAUUUGAAACCGCCUAAAAGUGGAGCAGGGACUGCGCAAAAAAAACCAUACUACUUAGCUGAUUUUAUGCAAUUUACUAUACCGUUCAUAAAAACAGCAGGAAAACCAUCAGGAAAUUUGAACGAGACAAUAGAAGAUAAUGACACAUUGCAACCACAGUCUCCUGAACUAUGCGAACAAACACAGUUCACAGAAAGUGUACCUACAAGCACUCAAUCGAUCUCGCAACAGCAUUCAUCUCUUCCUUCUACAAGCACUCAAUCAAUCUCGCAACAGCAAUCAUCUCUUCCUUCUACAAGCACUCAAUCAAUCUCACAACAGCAUUCAUCUCUUCCUCCAACAAGCACUCAAUCAAUCUUGCGACACCAAUUACCACCAGCAACAAGCAAUAAAAGAAAACGGAAGAAGCUUGAAGAAACUCAAGCUGAACAAGAUAUUGCAGCUUAUUUUAAAUUGAAACGAUCUAAAAUUAUAGAAAACUGUGACAGUACUGAAAAUUCAAACAAAAUGUUUUUACUGAGUUUACUGUCGGACGUGAAUAAAUUGAAUGAUAAUCAAAGAAGACUGUUUAAGAGGAGAGUGCUUGAAUUGAUAGACGAUAUUAUGGACCAAAGUAGUCCCAUCACACUUUUAUCUACUCCUUCACCGACUGACAGGGCAAUAAGUACGCCAAAUACCAUAAAUGAAAGUGUACAAUCAAAUACUGCCACACUAUAUUAUGAAUCAAUACCUAUGUUUUUAUCACAGGAAGAUGAAGAAUAA